UUUUUUAUGUUGUUUGUUUGGUAUUAUAUGUUAGAAUCUUUUUUCUCUCCUUUACUAAUGCUUAAAUUUAAUUUAUUUGUCUUCACAUGCAUACACAUAUAAUGUCAUGCUUUGUAAUGUCUAAUCAGUCAAUUAAAAAAAAAAAGAAAAGAAAAACUGUGAUGAAAACGAGUUGACGCCAAAUCUGGCAACCCAAUGUUGAAUAAAAUAUCGCGAGACUACACCACAACAACAAGAUUCGCUCUUGGAGGUUGAAGUCUUGCCUGGUUGCACGUUCUGCCCCACCUCGAGAAUCCAGAAUAAUCUUUCUGCGCUGCAGCAGAAAGCCGAGGCGUCUUCUCCCCGCGGGGACCCGCACGCGCACCGAACGCAUGACGCCUGUCUGCCGCGACCACCUUCAAAAACGUCAACAACCUGGAGGACUCGGCGACACAUGUCAGGGUUGUGACGGAGUCUGCGCCUCUUGCGAGUAAACAAGAGUUGUGCUGCAGGAGCUCCGGGGCAGACUGCUGACCCACAUCUCCCCGCGAAGGUCACGCAUGGCCCACCGUGUUCCGGAUCGCCAGGGCCGCCUGCCCGUAGCAGAGGCCGCGGUUCUGGCCCUGCCCACCUCCAGCCAAACCCAGGAGCUGAGGCCCAAACUGUCUGCUGUGGACUCCCUGCUGUGUGGGGCGUUCGCUGGAGCGGUGGCCAAAACAGUUAUCGCUCCUCUGGACCGCACCAAAAUCAUAUUCCAGGUGUCCUCUAAAAGGUUCUCGGCGAAGGAGGCCUUCAGGCUCAUUUACUGCACCUACCUGAAAGAUGGGCUGCUCAGUCUGUGGAGGGGCAACUCUGCGACCAUGGUGAGGGUUAUGCCCUAUGCUGCCAUCCAGUUCUGCGCACACGAACAGUACAAGAAACUGCUGGGGGGGCGUUAUGGCUUCCAGGAAAAGGCUCUACCUCCGUUCCCACGUUUGCUGGCGGGUUCUCUGGCUGGUAUAACCGCCACCAUGCUCACCUACCCUUUGGACAUGGUCCGAGCCAGAAUGGCGGUCACCGCCAAAGAAAUGUACAGCAACAUCAUGCACGUCUUUGUGCGCAUCUCUCAAGAAGAAGGAGUCCGGACUUUGUACCGAGGCUUCACUCCCACCAUCCUCGGCGUCAUCCCAUACGCAGGGAUCACCUUCUUCACUUAUGAAACGCUCAAAAAACUCCAUGCAGAAAGGACAAAGCGGUCCCAGCCUUACCCUCACGAGCGCCUGGCCUUCGGCGCCUGUGCAGGUCUCAUUGGACAGUCGGCCUCAUACCCUCUGGACGUGGUGCGGCGGCGCAUGCAGACGGCAGGAGUCACCGGCUCGUCCUACUGUACCAUUCUGGGGACGAUCCGCGAGGUUGUGACAAAGGAAGGAGUGGUGCGCGGACUGUACAAAGGCCUGAGCAUGAACUGGCUGAAAGGGCCUGUGGCCGUGGGGAUCAGCUUUACCGCUUUUGACAUCACACACAACCUGCUGCUGAAGCUGCAUCAGAUGGGUUACUCCGUCAGCUGAAGGGGGGCGGAGCCGAGCGAGUCGAGAGCACCAGGAUGAGGACUGGGGUCUGCUCUGUGCUGUUCAGCUGCAACUGUUCAGCCUAAAGACGCACAUCAGAGAUGAGGAACAAGGCUUCAUGUUUUUACUGCUAAUCAAAGCUUAUCUGCUAAAGACUGUCAAACCCAGCAGAACUGCUCGGUUUGGAUCGGCUGUACAUCAUCAAAUGUUUUAGUGAAACCCUAAAUCUGAAAGGAAUCCUCGUUUUUAAUGACUUCACUCAUUUCUGCUUUAACCUUUGCACUUUCCUUUCAUUUAGUAAAACAGAUUAUUUUGUGCGACAAAGUGAAUAUACGCUGUGAUAAUCCUGGUGCCUGGACCGUUUAUAUAGAUGGUUAAUGAUCGUGUCAGCAGGCCUGCACAGUUUCACCGUCCCUCCAACACGGAGGGUAAUCAGAACAGCAUCAUAGACUCUAAUUCAAUAAAAAUAUAUGUAACAGCAAACGGUUUAUGUUCUUAUUGGGUAGAAUUGUGUAUUGCUUUCACUCCUACAGUUUCAUGUAGAAAAUGUGCUGCUUUAUUUUUUUAAUUGAAAUGUACAUUUCAUGGGUACAACUUCUGUAAAGAUGUGUGUUCAGCAUGACCUUGCAUUAAAGGAUUGCAUCUCUGA